AGUGCGGUCCCUCUCCAGUGCUGCUCCCACUAAGUUUUAUCUUGAAAUACUAUUUAUGAAGAAUAGUCCCAAUGUGGCAUUCCAUGCUUAUUUAGUACUCAUAUAACCCAAGAUCCGGCUCCAGAGUCUACUUUACUCGCUUCUAUCUUAAAAAAAAAAAAAUGGAGACACAACCCUUUAAGAUCUUAUUGACCAUUACCAUCGUAUUCAUCUACCUUCUUGCACACGUCACGUCCAAGGAAUCAUCAUCACCAUCUCUGUGCAAUGGUUCGGUGGGAGAGUGCAGCAGCGUGGUGGAGACUGAAGAAAUGAAGGUGAUAAUGGAGUCAUGGUCAAGCCAGAGAUUUACGGAGGAGCAGACGCAGACGCUUUCAUACAAAGCUUUGAGGAGGAAUCAGCCGGCUUGCGACGGUGGCAACCGCGGCGAGUCCUACUCCAACAGAUGUCUUCCUCCGCCGUCUAAUCCUUACAGUAGAGGCUGCUCUAAGCACUACCGUUGCAGGGGUGAUUCUUGACCACUCGCCACCAUUAUGAUGACUCUUUAUGUAAUUUUAAUUUGAAGUUUGUCAGUUUGAAUUGUUUUGGUUUCAAGUGUAAUUUAAGAAAAUGGGGUUUCCUUUGUUAGAUAAAAGUAAAUGUUGGGUGAAAAACAAAUUUCAGAUUUAAGAUUUUGCCAUAUUUGUGUCGGGAGGAUGCCUUUUGACCUAGUCGACGCCAACUGCUACGCCUCUUAUCUCAAGUUCAAUUGGAGUGACCAAAAUAAAAUAAUCCGAGUCACUCC